UGAAUUUCCAGAUUUCAAGGAUAGAACUAUUAUAAUAUAAUAGUUUUUUGCACAUAGCACAUUGUCAUUUUGAAUUAGUUCAAAUGCAUCUAAAAUGCAUAGAAUUAUUUAAUUAUUCUAGAAACAGUAGAAACUAGGACAAGUCUAUGCUGAAAAUGUUGAAGAGUGAAAGUAAAAUUUAGCCAGGUUAGUUGACUCGUUGCCUGUGACCUUUGAUCGAAUGUUAUUUAUUAUGUGGAUUGGAUGUUUAUCAUGAAAAAAUGUGAUAAUAUUAUUAACUUAUGAGUUGUCUUAAGUCAUCUUACAUAACUAAAAGCAAAUAAUGGCAUCAAAACGAAAAAUAAAUAUGAAUUUCAGACCAACCAUGACUGAUGCUAAUAAUGAACAGAAAGGUACUGGUACUAAACCUACAAGAGAAGCAACAUCAGUUUAUGAAAUUCUGACAUUAAUGUUGAUAUUUCUGUGCAAAAAAAUUUUAUUCCUGGAGACAAGAUUGAAAAUUUUUAUAUACUUAGGCUGUCUCUUUGGAAUUUCUUUAAUAGCAGAUGUGAUGCCUAUACCAAAAUGGUAUUUUUCUAGAUCUGAUAACUUCAUCAACCGAUUUUUUGUGAAGUUUGCUUGGGGAUGGAAUCUAUUCUUGUUGAUACCAUUUCUCAUUCUAACUUCAUAUAUCUAUUGUUGUGGACAAAAGCAAAGAAUUGCUAAACAUCACCUAUUGAGAAUAUUUAUUGCCACAAUUUUCUGGUGGUUUUGGACUAAAUUAUUUAACGUUAUUGAAGCUAAUUUUGGCAGAUGUAUGGUUAAGGGAUUUGGAACAAAAGCAACUUGUUUACAUGCUGGACAUAUGUGGAAUGGCUUCGAUAUAUCAGGACACUCAUUCAUUUUGAUAUAUGGCAGUUUAGUUCUUAUUGAAGAAGCAAGGUGCUUGAUGAAUUGGGAUGGAAUUAAGGACAAUAUCCGUUUAGAGGAGUAUCAGCGUUGUACAAAGGAUUCAUCUGCAAAUAAUAAUCCAUUAAGGAAUUUAUCAGAACAGGAGUUCGAAACAUUACAAGUGAAUUAUGAAAAAUAUACCCCCUAUAUUAGAGGACUUUUCAUAGGAAUAACUUGUUUGCAAGUCAUUUGGGAUUUUAUGUUAUUCACUACUUUAUUAUAUUAUCAUGUUAUGGUAGAAAAAUUGCUAGGAGGUGUACUAGCUAUUAUCACUUGGUUUUUAACAUAUCAUGUUUGGUAUAAAUAUCCAAAAGUUAUUCCUAGUCUUCCUGGAGAUGGAGUCUUUAAGUACAUUAAAAAUCAAGCAGCAAAACAAGCUUUUCCUGCAGCAAGAAGAGGAAUAGGUAGCAUUAAUAAUCAAACUCCUACCUUUAUGGGAAGACCUAUUUAUCGUCAAAAUCAAGAACCAAAACAGGAAAGUGACAGUAAUAGAUAAUCCAUUAUGUGAAAAGACCUUCAAUAAGUGCCUGUAUAAGAACUCUUGUGAUAAUUUAAUAAGUAAUUGUAUAUGAAUCAGUGUUGAAUCCAGAGACUUCCCAGGGGGUAUUAUCCCCAGAAAUAUGCCCGAAACCCCGCUAAAAAAUUAAACUAUCUCUCAAAAUCAAAACAAAUUUUUGACUACCCCCUCUAGAUGUUGAAAUUGUCUGGAAUCAACACUGAUAUGAAUAUAGCGCUUCUCAAGAAUUUUAUAAAUUAAAUACUUGGAUCAUCAUAGAAUAUUUUGAUUAAUUUGGCUUCAUUCUAGAAGUGGAGGAUUAAUUAAUAUUCAAUUUUUAAUAAUUAUGAUUUUUUGCUCUUAUGAGCAAUUUACUUUGUGCACCAAUAUGGAUUGAAUUUGAAUUAUACAAGUAUACUGUCAUUUUCAUCUUCAGGUGGAUAAGGACAUAGUUCUUUUAGCUAUAUUCCACUAUUCAUGCUGGUUAAAUACAUACUAAUAGAUUAAGAAUCAAAUUCAGUUAGAACAAUAAUAAUUUUGAUUAAUUCUAAAAUAGUUUUAUCAAGUAUUGACCAUUUCCAUUCAAUUUCUGCAAUUUUGAUAAUAAAGCAAAAUAUGUAAUAUGUAUUAUAUUUCAAUGAAAAAAUCUAUGAAAAAAUAUGAAAAUAAACUCUGCAAAUAAGUUGCUGAACAAAUAUUUUAAAGGAUUGCUUUUCAUAAAAUUCUUUAGUAGGCAUGGUAAAUUCUUCAAAUUUUUGUUGUUAUUAUAUCCUUGUUUCAACUAGAUAUUGUAAUUUUUUGAAGUAUAUAAUUCAAUAAGCAAUAAGCUCUUUUCCUGAGUGUUGAAAAAACAAAUGAUUCCUAACUCUUGGAUCUGUACAAGCUGAAUCAUAUACUUGUUUUAAAUUUUUACCAUUGAUGUUCAGUGUAUGACAAACACUUGAAUGUUAUAUUGGAACAAUAUUUAUUCAUACACAUCAUUCUAUAAUUUUUUCUUCUAAAACAUGAAGUACUUCAGUUUACUAAUUGAAAAAAAAUCAUUUCCUGCUUCUUACAAUGAACAAGUGCUAAUCCUUUUAAAAUUUAAAUUAUUUCAACAUUUUUCAUUUAUUGUUUCAAGUUGAGCAGCAAUUUGGAAAUUAUGGUUGAAAUUAUUUCAUUAUUAAUACAGGCUGAAGGUCUUCGGAUUAUGUUCUUUUGAAAAAAAUUAAGUACGGUUUUAUUUAUUCUAUUGUAAUUGAUGGUUUACGAAAUUUUUAAACAUGAAUUGAAAUAAUAUGUAACUAAUUAUGGAAAUUUCAUGGAUUUGGUGCUAUUUGAAAGAAACAAUCAUUUUCUAGAAUGGAAAAUAAAUAAAUUGGAUCUCUUGGUUAUUAGUCUUAUCCACAGGUAUUGGCUUUUUUAUAUUUUGUUCAGAUAUAUCCACAUAUAUUUACAAUUUGAAAUCUAUUAUUAUCGAAUGUGAAAAUUCGUUAUAUGCAUUCUGAAAUUUAUUUUAUAUUUAUGUAUUCGUUUUGUCCUGAAUAAAUGGUGUGUUGUUUUGUUUCAA